GGCAUGUACUCCAAAAUGAGGGAGUAGUUGUCCCUCUGCAUGAUGAGGCCAUGAAGGUGAAGAAUACCAUCAUGUUCACAAAACUCCAUCAGUUUUUUGGCCUCUUCUAAAAGUACAUCUAGGUGUCUGCAAAGCAGUCUUGCCUUUACCUCACUGUCUCAGGAUCAGUACUCCUACCACCAUGCUAAACUCUUUGGUGUUCAUAAUCACUUGUACCAGGACCCUUGGAAUACAGAUAGUGUCUUCCUCAUUGACAACUGUUGGGGAAUUCUUCAAGCAGUAUCAACAGACACAAGUGUCUUUAUUUCUGGACAAGUAGGAAACAUACCAGAUAUGAACACACAGAGUGCAGUCCCUGAACGGUUGAAUGCGUCCGUGCGUUUUGUGUCUGAGGACAUGGCGGUGAUUGGUGACGGCGCUGGGAGAUUCCACCUGUACUGUACCGGAGACCGGAGUACUUCACAUCAGUGGAAGGUUUUAUUUUCUGAUAGUCCUUUGGAGAACAGCACACCGUUUCUACUGGUAGACGCAGUGCUUCAUAGUGUUGACAGUGGGUAUAAACUGCAUUGUUUGUGUGUCCAUGUGUCAGAUUGUGAUGCUGAGCAGAAAGACAAAUACCGGUCUACCCACAUAACAGUGAUUGAGUGGAUAACUCUCAGCUCAGGUGAUAAAAACACUUGGGUGUUGGAGAGAUCUAGAAGACUCUAUGGUCGGCGGCCAUUUGACUAUGCGGCACUAACUAAAGAUGGUUCUGCUAUAAUUGUUGCCGCAGAAGCUGGUUUUGUGUUUGAUUUUGACUCACUAAAACCUGUCAGAGAAGAGGAACCAAUGGAAACUGCUUUAAAUCAGCAAGAGCCUGAGUAUACAUGGUCACAGAACACAGAGGAAGUAAUGGCUCAGUUCACCUUACCCAGUGGUCUGACCAAAGCGGACGUUUACUACACACUGUCACACGACUAUAUUGACUUCGGAAUAAAAAAUGGUAAACAUUUACUGAAAGGACAGCUCCAUGCAGACGUAGAGGUGGAAUCCAGCACAUGGACAAUACAAAACCAGAGGGUAGAGUUGACUCUGAGUAAAGUAGAGGACCAGGUGUGGCCCCAGGUGGUUGUGGGAGACAAUCGAGGGGAGAUGACUAUGGACCCUGCAGUGGUAGCUCAGAUCCACGAACGACUGGCCGCCCUGACCUCAGACCAAAUGAAUCCAGAUCCGGAUGAGGGCAAGGAGAAACCAUACAACUCCCAGCAGCUGGAGGAGUGUGACGUGUAUCCGGAGGACAGCUCCGCACUGAUGAGGUUUGAUGGAGAUACGCAUAAAGUUACGCACAAGACAAAUACUGGAAGCAACCAGUUCCUGUUUUCUGUGUCUCUUUGCAAAGACAAACCCCCGGCACUUUGUUUGCGACAUGAUGUUGAUGGCAUAUUAUGGCAACCGGAAAACGAAUGUAAAGAGGCCCAGUCUUCAUGGCAACAUGUUUCAACAUUCAAUGCCCUUGGAUAUGUUCAGGCAUCGAAGCAAAAUCGAAAAUUCUCUGUUUGUGCCCCAGACUGUUCGUUUGCAGUAAUUUGUGACAUUUGGCGCCAUGCUUAUGUGUACAGGCAACCCGCAGCAAUAGCAUCACCCAUCAGAAAUCGUAAAGACGGGCGGCAAGUCAACACUAUUGCAAAGCAACAAGUAGUUUCUUUAGAGUGUACAGACCAUAUUGUUGGAAUUCAAUCAACAGCACAGACUCUUUUCAUUUUGACUGAAUCUGUACUGCAUGCAGUUCAUAUGAACUAGACAUGCACAUACAAUAAUUAUUAUUUCAAUAAAAAUUGAGAAAAAUGCUCAGUUAUUUCGUGUUAAGCUCUCAGUUGUGAGUUCUGCAGUUUAUGUGUGUUGUGCAGAAUUUAUUUUACAUGCUUUUCUAUUGUUACAAAAAAAAAACAUCAAAGCAAAAAAGAUACCAGAAACGAAGAAUUUCUGCUGUACAUAUUUCAUAGUUUUAAAUUUGCAUGAAAAUAGCAUAAUCCAUGUUCAUGGUUUUAACCAACGCUGAUUGGAAUUUUGGGAAGAAUUUAAGGUAACAGUGUUUUUUACCUACCCCCCCCCCCCCCAAAAAAAAAAUAAAUAAAUUAAAAAUCAGUUUUUGUCACAAAAGUUGAUCCAACGUGAGAUAUACUGGUAUACUUCACCAAUUUCCAUUUCGAGUAACUAUUGAAGUUUUUCUGUCGUAAUAAUAUUGCAACAAAUGCGCUUAAUUUAAUUGAUUCACAUAAGUUUUAUAAAGGGUGCCAGUAUGAUAGAAUGUAGUCAAUAAAAAUGAUAGAAUA